AUGAAGAUCAACAGCAUCACCUCGGCCCUCGUGGGCCUCGCCAUGGCCUCGUACGCCGCCGCCAUGCCGGCCGUGGGCGACAAGAUCGACGCGAGCUCGCUCCCCUCGACCCUCUCCGACGCCGUGCGCGCCGACCUGGCCCAGCGCGACCCCUCGACCUACACCCUCUACGAGCGCACCGACUCGGACUCGAGCGACCUCGAGAAGCGCGCCCAGGUCAACGGCCUCAUUACGCGCUGCUCGACGUCGCGCUGCAUGUCCAUCACCUUUGACGACGGGCCCUACACCAGCCACAAGAACCUCGUCGACCAGUUCGACGCCGCCGGCUCCAAGGCCACCUUCUUUGUCAACGGCAACAACUUCCGCUGCAUCUACGACAAGGACUCGGUCUCGGCGCUGCGAUACAGCUACUCGCGCGGACACCAGAUCUGCUCCCACACCUGGGACCACCCUGAUAUCUCGACUCUCAACAACCAGCAGCUCGACGAGCAGGUCCAGCUUGUCGAAGAUGCGCUGUGGAAGAUCAUCGGCGCCGUGCCAUCAUGCAUCCGCGCUCCGUACGGAAACAUCAGGGACGACCAGGUCGCCUACCUCAACAACCGAUGGGGCCUCCAGGUGAUCGGCUGGAACGCCGACACGGGCGAUGCCAACGGCGAUGGCGUCGACGCCGCUCUCAACGUCUACCGCGGUCUCAAGGCGCCCAAGCACGCCAUCGUCCUCAACCACGAGACCGUCAGCACGACGCCGUCCGUCGUCAUCCCCCAGGCGCUCAAGAUCAUCAAGCAGAACGGCUACUCGGGCAGCCAGACGGUCGCCGCCACGACCCGCUUCAACCCGUACAAGGUCGUUGGAUCCUACGGCAAGCGCGAUGCUUCUUGGACCUGCGACGGCAAGCCCGGCCCCGGCCAGGCCUAA